AAUUCUCCCAAUAAAAGGGGCUUCCUCUCUAGGUUUUCCAUCUCAACCAUUUUUCAUCUCCAUCGUCAUCGUCAUCCUCAUCAUCAUCACCAUUUCUAAAUUCCUUCAUUUUCAUUCCCCUUCAUUUUCUCAUCCUUCUCUCUCUCUCUCUCUCUCUCUAUUCUCCCUUUCUUCCAUUUCCCUUUUUCAAUUCCGAUCUACCUUCAAUCUUCCGGCGUUGAUUUAGCCUAGUGGCCUAGUUUCGGCGGAAUUCCAUUUCCAAGCUCUCAAUUUUCUGUUUGGUCGAACCAAAAUUGAUCGACUAUUAAUUUAAUUAAAUCCCUCCUCUUUCAUUUCGGUAUUUCUCGAUUAGGGUUUCUGGUUCGUGAUAUGUGAAAAAGGUGUCUCUUUGUGCGAGGAUGCCAGCUACGGAUUACCAGGGUUCGUCGGCUGCUUUUACCAACAUUGGCCGUCCGGUUCAAGGUAUUCGCCGUGAUCAGCUUUACGCUAUGGAUGGUUCUCCCACGUCUCCUGAGCAAGAUCUUGAUUUCUUUCAGAAACAAGUUGCUGACCGGUUUUUGGACCUAGCAUCGGUUGGUCCUGAUGACUUGCUUUCCCUAUCAUGGGUUCAUAAGCUUUUGAAUUCCUUCUUGUCUUGUCAGGAGGAUUUUAAGCUUGUUCUCAUCAGCCACAAAUCUCAAAUCUCUAGACCCCCUUUGGACCGUUUGGUUGCUGAUUAUUCGGAGAGAAGCGUUAAGGCGCUUGAUGUUUGUAAUGCGAUUCGUGAUGGGAUUGAGCAGCUCCGGCAAUGGCAAAAGCUUUUGGAGAUUGUUCUUAGUGCGUUGGAUAAUUGUAAUAAUCAGAAAACUCUUGGUGAGGGGCAAUUUCGUCGUGCUAAGAAGGCUCUUAUUGACUUGGCUAUUUGUAUGUUGGAUGAGAAAGAUUCACAUACCUCUGCUCUUGCUCAUCGCAAUCGUUCUUUCGGACGGAACAAUGCCUCGAAGGAUCCACGGUCGUUGGGUCACUUUCGAUCGCUUUCGUGGAGCGUUUCGCGGUCGUGGUCGGCUGCGAGGCAGCUGCAAUCGAUUGGUAACAAUUUAGCAGCCCCUAAAGCGACUGAGCUUUUGACUACAAAUGGGCUUGCAGUUCCUGUAUUUACAAUGAACAUGGUGUUGUUGUUUGUAAUGUGGGCGUUGGUGGCAGCUAUUCCUUGUCAGGAUCGCGGCUUGCAGGUUCAUUUCUCCUUGCCUCGAAAUUUCCCGUGGGCUUCUCCAAUCCUUCAACUCCAUGAUCGAAUUGUGGAGGAGUCGAAGAAGCGAGAUCGAAGAAAUUCAUGUGGGCUGUUGAAGGAGAUUAAUCAGAUUGAGAAGUGUACGCGUCUCAUGAAUGAUUUGGCAGAUUCAGCUCAAUUCCCAUUGGCAGAGGAGAAAGAAGCAGAGCUGAGACAGAGAGUGCAAGAGCUAACCACAGUUUGUGAUACUCUGAGGACUGGAUUGGACUCGUUGGAGCGGCAAGUGAGGGAAGUUUUUCACAGGAUUGUUCGUAGCAGGACUGAAGGGCUUGAUUCUUUGGGACGAGCAAAUCACUCUGAAUAGAAUUUGUUGGACCUUUAAAACAAUGUUCUACUUUGGUUUCCAUGGUUUCUUCUAGGAAUAAGAGAAAGAACAGAGGAUGAAAAUAUGAAGACGAGAGUGACAAGUUACUAAAUGGAUCUGCGAAGUUCGAGGAAUGCUGACCCUUGAAGGAAAGAGAGAGUUUGACAACUUGGUCAGCAUAAUGUAUUAUCAUUCACAUUCUAGAUGAACCCCUUCUGAAGAAGUCACACGAUUUCAUCAAAACUCCACCGAGGUCCCUUCUCUUAUGGAGUUUGACUUCUUCUAUGCAUCAUUUCUAAUAAAGUAAAACCUUCAUCUAAUUUUUUUUGAGGUGCUGGUUGUUUGAGUACAAUCUUCCCCAGCUAUUCCUUCGGAGGAACUCGACAAUAUAUCAAAUUCCAUGAUGAUCGGGGUCCCUCCUUUGGUAGACUUUGACUUCUAUCUACCAUACACAUUGCAGUCUAAUCUUCACUCAAAUUUUUCUUAGUGCUGGUUUUUUGUGGUAUGGCUUUUCUGUAAGAGAUCCCUUAUGAUAAAGAAGUUGACAUUGUAACGAAUCCCUCUUAGGUCCCUCAAUUUUGUUGAGUUUUGACAUGUUGGGAAUUCUGGUUUCUUCUUGGCCUCCUCGAUUCUAUCCUUUUAGGGCAUCCCUUGCUAUUCUCUCCAUAGUUGAUGAACUGGGUUGGGUCCUACAAAUCAUGGGACAGGGUCCCAUUCCUCAUAAUCUUCGAUGUUAACUCUCUCUUUUCCAUUAACCAUUAGUUCUUGAUAUUCUUUUCAUGAUAAAGGAAACUAGAGUACCCACCAAAAAUCAUUUUCUUUCAGCAUGAUAAGACACCUGUGAUUUUAGGUUUACAAAUUUGACCAUUCAUUCAGAAUCUUGUAAGAUUCUUAGACCCAGAAUUUAAUGAAGUUUGGACGUUGGAGCGUUUCGCUAAGGUGACCUACAAUAAGUUCUUGCCAAUAAUCAUGAACCAAAUUAUUAACCCGAAAGAAAUAAUGAAGAACGAUUAGACUAGGUCACAAUCUAAGUUUCCUUCAUAAAUAUUGGAUUGGAUUUUCGAACUUGAAUGAGAUUUGGGUAUAUACAAAUAGCAUCUCCAUGGAUAGAGAAUAAUGGAGAUUUGACCCUAGGAGAUAGAGUGGGCAUUGUUGCAGGUUGGGAUAAGAUUGAGAAAAAUAUUGGACUAUUGAUUUUAUUUUCAUUUAUUUGUUAUGAGUAAUUUAGUGUUGUUGUAACUUUAUGAAUAGUUUUCUUCACGAAUUUGAAUAAUUAAAAAGUAGUAUGUUUUGAGAAA